UUAAAAAUUGGAAGUAGCCAAUAUAUGUGAAAUUUGAUAACAAGUUACGCCAGAAAUUCUCUAUGAAGCUAUAUCUAUUUUGUAUGAAAAUGCAUAUACUGUGGUAGCUUGUGUAUCAGAUUGUGAUGGUGGUAAUGUAGGAUUAUGGAAAAAUUUAGAUAUAACUGUUGAUAAAACAUUUUUUCUUCAUCCUAUUACAAAAGAGAAAAUCUAUUAGCUGAUGCUUCACACCUUUUUAAACUUAUUAGAAAUUGGAUUUUAGAUAUCGGAUUCAUUCUUUCUGAUGGUUCUAGAAUAAAUUCAGCCCUAUUAAGAGAGUUACUUAAUGUUACACGGAUUGAAAUUUCAGUUUUUCACCAACUGUCUCAAAAAUAUUUAGACUGUAUAAAGUUGCUAAUAUUGAAUAACUAUAAUUACAAGGAAACAUAUAGGGCGGGUGGCCCUAAAAAUAAAUUCUAACACGAUCGACUUUGAAAUUGUCCGCGAUCGACUUAGGAUCGACGAUCGACGUAUACAGUAUACGGUCUAUACGUGAAGAUUCGGGUCUAUUGUGACGUCAUGUAUCACUGAUUGUUUUUUAUUAGCUAGCGGUGUUUGGCUUCGACCGUAUUAUCUAUUAACCAUGGAUCCGGUGAAUUUGAUCACUGAUAAUCCGUGAUAUUGGGUGAGGCAAAGUUACAAGGCAAAAAUAUCUUAAUUUAUGUUACGAGCUGGAUUACAAUAUUUCUUGGCAUAAAUUACGAACUUUAUUUUACUCCAUGAUUAAUCAAAAAUAUUUCAUUUACGUUACCAUAUAUAUACAUAUAUAUUAUAUUAUAUACCAUAAUAUUUACCACGAUGUUUAUCCAUCGAUCGUCGGCAUGCAGUAAACAGUAUCCCUCUAUAGAGAGAUAACCUAACCUAUCAUACGUUAGCGUUAGUACAAUACGUCUUGUUAGUCGUUGACGGACUGACGAGCGCGAUUUUCGUAUUAUUCGUAAUAGUAAAUGAUUACGUCCAACGUCCGAUUGCAAUUCCAGACAUUAUUAGCCAAUAGCCACAGAACUAGAAUUUUUCAAAGAUGGACGACGAGAGCAUCACAUUAGAUGUUAACCCUAAAGCAUAUCCUUUGGCUGACCAACAAAUGACCAAAACAAUUUUAAAUUUGGUUCAACAAGCAAUGAACUAUAAACAAUUACGUAAAGGAGCAAAUGAAGCCACUAAAACUUUAAAUAGAGGUAUUUCUGAAUUCAUAGUUUGUGCAGCAGAUGCAGAACCUUUAGAAAUUGUGCUACACUUGCCAUUGUUAUGUGAGGAUAAAAAUGUGCCGUAUGUUUUUAUUAGAUCAAAACUAGCAUUAGGCCGAGCGUGUGGUGUUUCAAGGCCAGUCAUAGCGUGUUCCAUUACUACUGAUGAAGGUUCACAAUUACAGCCUCAAAUACAACGAGUUAAGACUGAAAUUGAAAGACUAUUGGUUUAAUUUUGUACACUAUUUGACUUUUAUAAUAUUGAAUAGUGAAUAUUAAUAAUAAUAAUACAUCAUUCAAAUGUUUAAAGUAUGUAAUUAUUUUUAACAAUAUGAUUUAUUAAUUCAAUACAUUUCCUUAUAAUAGA